AUGGCUACUGAAUUUCAAACUUUCAACGAGGAUCUGUCUCUUACUAGUCAAACGGAAUGUGAGGACUCAGCUCGUGCAAUUCUAGCCAAACUCAGACCUGAAUGGACCUCAUCCGAGAUAAAAUUCGAGUAUUUCUCAGUCGGCAUCACUAACAAAAUCUUCUCCGCUGGAUUCGGAACCGAACACGUGAUCUUUCGUGUCUUUGGUCACAACACCAGCAAGGUUAUUGACCGGGAGAAUGAAGUGACCGCGUGGAGACAGUUGGCAAAACAUGGAUUCGCUGCUCCCCUCUACGGAAAGUUCAACAACGGACUCAUCUGUGGAUUUCUGGAGGGGAAGAGUUUGAAGAUCGAGCAGAUGAGAGAUUCUCGUUUCCAUAUGAACAUUGCCAAGAGAAUCGCCCAACUUCACGCUUCUGUUCCGACCAAUGGAAAGACACUGGUGUUCGAAAAGAUGCAGGAAUUCUUGAAACAGUUAGACCCGAAAUUCGAGGAUGCUACAAAACAGGAAUUUUUCGUGACCAACUUCCCACAAAACCUUGCCGCCGAAAUCGAGAAGGUCGAGAAGCUAGUGAUCAAAUCCAAAGAGCCGGUAGCUUUUUGUCACAACGACUUGCUGGUCCACAAUAUUGUGUUCAAUGGGGAGACAAAACGCAUCGAGUUCAUUGACUACGAGUACGCCUUCCCAAACUAUGCUCUGUACGAUAUUGCUAACCAUUUCUGUGAAUAUGCAGGAGUCGAGGGCACCCCAGACUAUACAAAAUGUCUAACCAAGGACGAGAAAUGGCUGUUCAUCAACGACUAUCUUCACUUCAAAGAUUCCAAAAAUCACUGCGACGUUCGCAUGAAAGCAAUGUACAAACAUCUUCCGUUGUUCGAAGCUACUGCUCAUCUCUUCUGGGCCAUUUGGGCCCUUGUUCAAGCUCAAAACUCAACCAUCGACUUUGACUAUCUCACCUACGCUCACGCUCGCUACGAACAAUAUGAGAAACGGUUCCAAAAGUACAUUGGUAGCGUCAACCAUCAUUAA